CUGCACUAUCACCAAGGGGGUCACAACAACUCACUCAUACCCACACCCGCAGCCUUGGUCCCUUGACCAUGUCCCGCAUCCCUUCCUCUGGCGCUUCUACGCGCCCACCUUCCGUCCACUCCCUCUCCCUCUCCACCACUUCCGACCCAUCCUCGACAGAGGUAGAUGUCCUCUUGCUGGGAUCUGGCUGGACCGGCGCCUUCCUCUUGCCCGAGCUACAGGCUCAGGACAUCUCAUUCGCCUAUACCAAUCGCUCCGGUGUCAAGGACGACUCGCUGCCCAUCUCCAAGCGGCCCAUCAAGUGGACCUGUCCCAAUGGCGGAGAGUCACGGCUGAGCUGGAGAAAGGCAGUCAGGGCACUCCCCAGUGCCAAGCUGGUGGUGGUGGUCAUGGCACUCAAGGAUGAAGGCGCUGCAAGGGAGCUCGCAGUGGACUACGAGGCUGUGCUCCACGAACGGGGAAUCGAUAGCAAGACAAAGUGGUGCAUACUCAGCUCCACCGGCGCAUGGGGAGCUGGCAUACAUACCUCGACCUCGCCGCUCAAUACCCCAUCCCCACGUUCAGCCUCCGAGGCCCGUCUGCUAUCUACUCUCAAGGCGCAGGUCACAGUCUUGCACCUCGCCGGCCUCUAUGGAGGCUCCUCUCGUCACCCGCUCAAUUGGCUGCCCAAGGUGGCCGACACUCGGGAAAAGCUGCGCGAAAAGACUUCUCUGCAUCUCAUCCACGGCAAAGACGUAGCCCAGGCCGUAGUGGGCGUCUACAGCCAGCUCAACAGCAGCGAUGGCGUGUGGGGCAAACGGUGGAUCGUAACAGAUGGCAAGACUUAUGAUUGGUGGAAGCUGGCAAGCGAGCUGCCCAGUCGCGCCAGGACCGACUACGCAGGAUGGGUCAAAGAAUUCCAGGCAGAGUACCAAGUCAAGACCUUGCCCAGGGCUUUUGCUUCCACACCAGAGCAGCUCCCACCUCGUUUCCUCGAUCGAGCCCUACACACAGACGACUUCUGGAAGGUCAUCGGCAAGAGUCCCCUCGCGGGCUCUGCUGACUCGACCGAUUUGCCCAUCUCUCCUGUGACAGGCCUGCCGGUCAACACUGCUGCCCUCACCAGUAACGAUGGUGAAAAGGGUUCAUUCGCGCCAUCGUCGGCCGCCCAACCCUUCGCUCCUACCAUUUCGAAGCGGCAAAUUGAUGACCUCAUCUCCUGCUUGAAGCAUGAGAUCAGUCGCGAAGAAAAGUUCCCUCUGCCCACGUUACUUGAAGGCACCAACUUCUCUCGCUUUGGUUUGACGCACGAGAAGUUCCUCCAUCUGCGAAAGUCUUGGCUAGAGUACCUCACCGCAUCGAACAAUGGCAGCAGCCAGACUCCCACAUGGGCAAGUGACUGGAAGGAAAUCUCCUCUCUUCAGCACUUUCUCUAUCCUUUGCCCGAUCUGCUGACGGCUUCGGACGUCUACAAUACCCAAGCAGGGCUGCACUUUGUCCGCGUCUCGCCCUCGGCAUCAACGCGUGCUCAGCGGAGAGUCAUUCCCCUGAUCUUCAUCUCGGGAUGGCCAUCGACUUGCUUUGAGCACCUCAAUGUAGCGCAGUCGCUCGCAAACCCGGGCGUAGACGUACCGCUGAGCACGCCCGCUUUUGACUGCAUCCUGCCGUCACACCCAGGAUAUCUGUGGAGUGGCUCCCCCACUGUCGAUUACGAUGAGGCGACGGGCAAGAGUACCAAUCGCUUCACCGGACCUGACGACGACCUCUUGGUGGCAGACAUGGCCGAUUUGUUGGACCAACUGAUGGUCGAUCUCGGCUUCGGCAAGACUAGCGAAGGCAAGGGCGGUUACUCGUUGCAAGGCACCGACUGGGGCACAUUUGUCGGUCGAGAGAUGGCCGCACGACACAAAAACAACGUCCUGUCCUGCCACUUUAACUUCUUGCCAUCUCCACCACCUCGCCUCCAGCCUUCGCUUCUGCCCAAGACGCUCGUCGAUUUCGCUUCGUCCAAAUCCUCACUCGUCGACACCAUCGCCUCCCUACCUCGCAAAGUCUCCGCAGGACACUUUGCAACCAGUGGCAACCCGACACACCUGCCAGAGCACAUCAGUAAUAUUCUGGGUCUUCCUCACAAGCUCUCCGAAAAGGAUGCGCAAAAAGUCGCCAGGGGCCUGGAGUUCCAGACGUCUGGGUCUGCUUAUUCCAACUUCCACCGAACCAGGCCUGGUACCCUGGGCGAGAUUAUGCACUCCAGUCCUAGCGCCCUCCUUGCUUGGAUCGGAGAAAAGUAUCUCGCAUGGACAGACGCCGACCCUACGCCACAAGAAAUCGCCUUGAUCCUCACCCUCUGGUUCACCACCUCAACUAUGGCCCGCUCCAUCUGGCCGUACCGCAAUCGUCCUCCAGGAGGUCAACUCGAGUGGGCGGGCCGUCGGGAGUUUUUCAUCUCCCAGCCCACGGGCUACUCUGAUUUCCCCUUUGAGCUCAUCCCAAUGCCGCUGGAGUGGGUCAAGGGCACAGCGAAUGUGGUUUGGCAUAAGGAGCAUGAAAAGGGAGGACAUUUUGCUUGCGAGGAGAGGCCCGUUGAAAUGGUCUGCGAUCUGAGAGACUUUUUCUCAAAGUACUGAGAGGGACGCACGCCCCUCGCCUGGCUGUGCAGGAGAAGCGGCCACAUACUCUUGUUCGGGUCCCCUACUGUAGAUCCUACUUGUAUUCUCGACUCAGUUCUUAUAGAUGGCG